CGUUUAGUUACUCUCAACUGUUCUGUAAUUGUUUCAGUUGUGUUAGGUCUCGAAAAAUGAAAACUUUACAUACCACUGCUAAUUUCUUAUACAAACUUCAGUCAGGGUAAUGUCGGGUCCAGCAGAUGUGAGCAAGAAAGCUUGAUCUGUUGGCGCCACAGCACAAAGGACGAAUCGGCUGUGAGGGGGGGGGGGUUGCAGCUGCGUUUCUCCGUCCCCUGUAGCAUGGAGGAAUGAAACCCACCGACAACCGUGCUUGACCCAGGAUGGAGCUUAAGGUCUGGGUGGAUGGAGUCCAACGUGUGGUGUGCGGAGUUACAGAGGCCACCACCUGUCAGGAAGUGGUCAUCGCGCUUGCUCAGGCUAUAGGUCGAACUGGGAGGUACACUCUGAUAGAGAAGUGGAGGGAUACUGAGCGCCACCUUGCUCCACAUGAGUGCCCCGUGGCUUCCCUAAACACAUGGGGCCAGUACGCUGGAGACGUCCAGCUCAUCCUGCACCGCAACGGCCCCUCCCUGACCGAACGGCCCCCAUCCGAAGGCCCGGUCCUGCGUGGCCCCGAGCGAGGCCUGCACCGUCAGAGCCUUCCCCUAAUGGCCAAGCUCCGUGCUCCAGGAGACCUGUCUCUCCGACGCAGAGAGCCACGCCGUAAAUCCCUCACUUUCACCGGAGGACCCCGGAGCCUCAGGGACAUCCUGAGCGGCGGCAGGGCGAGUGACAGUAACGCCAGAUGGCAGGCAGUUUUGGUGAACAACAGCCAAAACGUCGCAUCGGUAUCGCCGCGUUUGUUGAGCGGUCGCAUGGAAGACCUUACCCGUCUGGUGAGGCUGCAGAGGGAGACUCUUGGUGUCUUAGACCGCAGGAUGAAGGCUUACGAGAUGGAGUUGCAGAUGUGGGCUGAGAGGAGUAGAAGUGGUGGAGGUGGAGGUGGAGGGGAGAGCGGGGGGUUGGCAGAAGAACUCAUGUAUUUGGAGAAGCAGCUGCGUGACAACCAGAUCGAAAUGGAGGAAGAGGAGUUCUGGGCCAGCGAGCUGCAGAUAGAAAUGGAGAGCGAGAGGCAGCUGGAAGAGCGACUGCAGGAGCUGCAGGAGCGGCUUCAGGUCUGUGAGGUGGAGCUGGCACAGAGGCUGAAUGGCCUGAAAGACUUGGAGGCUCAACUGGAGGCUGAGAGGCUGCAGAUGGAGAUGAAGGAGACACAGCAGUUCAGCCAAGUGGAGGUGCAGGCAAAGUUACAAAGGGUCAGGACCGAGUUGAAGAUUCAGACUCAGCACUUGGCCCAGCUGGAAAGCAGCUGCAGGACUGUGGACCGCUCGCUUGGACAGUCUGACAAGAGGCUGCAGGAAAGCCAUUACGAGUUGGAGCAGCUAACCAAGGAGCUUAGACAAGUGAACCUACAGCAGUUUAUCCAGCAGACUGGCACUAAAGUCACUGUUCUGCCAGUUGAACCCAUUGAGGAGGAGGAGGAGGAGGCCAACCACACCAAGGAAGACACAGAUAUUGGACCAAUGAUUGGUUCCUUGAAACGCCAAGCGUCCUCACAAAUAGCAGCAGGCCACCAACGCGUCCUCCAGACUCCAGUCACCUCAGGCUUAAAUCCUGAGGGCAUCUAUGUCUGAUGUCCAGCACUUCCCACCCGGACACACACAUCGUACCAAAGGCUAUGUCCUUCUGUCAAACACGCUCCAUCUCUCUAUUGUACCCUGUCUCUGUGGAGACUAACUGCCCACUGACUGCACUCCGUAGCAGUAGUCUGAUUCAGUGCUUUUGAAGCAUGCGCAUUUUGAACAAUAUCUUUGCAUUUGGGAUGUAGACGUGGGUAAGCAAUGUUCAUGCAUACCCAGUCCAGCACGAGAGUGGAUGGACAUACUGACCCCAUGGAACAAAGACACAGUGAACUUGUCUCCGAACUUGCCUCUUGCAAAAGAGAAAUUCUAGAGUAGGUAUUGACAAGGUACAGCUGUCACCAUGGGGUUGUGAUUUGCAUGUGAAUUAGCCUUAUAAAAAUACAUAUACAAAAAAAGAACAACAACAGCAACAAAAGAUUACGUGAUAUGAAGGAAUGAAAAAAAAUGUACCUAUGUUGUUAACUCUGAUUGAUGAUACAGGUUGAUGUAGUAGUUGAUUCAGUAACUGACCUGUGAUUGCAUGUUAAUGUAAAAGAUCAGUUGAUGGACUUCUUCAGAAACAUAUUCUAAUGCAGUGGCUUAAACUUAAAUACAAUCACAAAAAAAGCCAGUGCCUAACGUAGCUGGUUCACUUUUGUAGCUGUUUUUCUGGAUUUAUUUGCCGUGUGAACAGGGCGUCACACUCACUACUGUUUACUGCUAUUAAGGUGUGAAGUCAGUGAUAUCAGUAUUUCACCUCUUACGUUGAAAGUAUUAUAUUGUUAAUAGUUAGUUACCAUAUUUGGUCAUGUGUACCCCAUGUUAAUGUGUAUUUAGCCAUAAAGAUUUUGA